GGGCUUGGGAUUGUCAGUGAUUUUUUGAAAGACACAGGUGCGUGGUUUGAGAGAGCCACAACUCACGAACCAAUCCAACCACCCUCACACUCAUCAAACCCACCACCACCAUCACUGAUACCAUUGGGUGCAGAUUUCUUUUCGGGUUUUUCCGCCCGGAUCUUCUGUUCGGCAUAAUAAUCCAAAGUUGCCAAGAGUUUCCAUGAGUGUCUCUCUUAAGCGUUUUUGUCUAUGUGACUCUGUGGUUCCUUUUUCUUCAUAUUGUGAGGAGGAAGGCUGUGAACUAUUCUAGUUUCCAUGGCUACUGAAACAGCUAUUCAAGAUCCAAGAAAACAUGCUUUGGAGGCAUUGAAGCGGAGGUUUGCCUUUGUCGAGGCUGAUCUGCUACAGCAAAAGAACAAAAAGAGUAUAAAAGAAGGAGAUGGAAAAGAACUUCAUAGGACAACUUCUUUAGCAGAUAAAACUGAUGCAGCAGUCACUCCCUCAUUUGAUGCUCAACACAAGAAAGAUUCUGAAGAAAAUGCUCCAGCAUAUUUGCAGCUCUCUCAAGCUGUACAUGAGAAUCUGCUGGCAUCCAAUGUUAAGCUUUCUAGUAGAAAAGGAGACAUGGUCGAUAAGAUUUUACACGAGCUUCUUCAGAAUGGUGAUAUGGCUCAGAAGUACAUGCAGAAGUCCAGAAAAAUACAUAUUGACCAUUUCGUCCUUCUUGAUAAUUAUGUACAAGGACGUGGUGUAUCUACUGGUUCUCAUAUCAGGGCUUUGCGGAUGCAUUCGAAGCGUUCUAAAAAGCACAUGUCCAUGAAACAGCAUAAAAAAUGUGGAUCAUUUGAUUUGCCCCACGAGCUUCAUAAGUUUGAUGUUUUUAGGCCUAUGCAUGAAAUGUGGAAAGGCUACAUGAUGCAACUGCUUAAAACUGUCGGGAAAAAUCAGUUGGCUCAGUGUCUUCUCAGCGCAGAUCUACACGGUGCUUUCAUUCUAGUUGCUGAGUGUAAAGCAACUUCUUUCACUGGAGUGAGUGGCAUCAUGAUUCGUGAAACUGCAGAAACAUUUGGGAUAAUUACACAAGAUGAUGUGUUCCGAGUUGUGCCCAAAAAGAUUUCUGUCUUUAUUUUCCAAGUUGAUUGCUGGAAAGUUACAUUGCAUGGGGACAAACUCACUUCAAGAAAUUUGGGCUUGUGAUCUUGAUAUUCAUCAUUGCAUCCAAGAAACUCAGAGAAUGUAUUUAGGUCCAACUUUGAUGGAGCUACAGGAAAGCACAAAAUGUGUAUCAAGCGAUAUUAGUGAUGGCCCCAUUCAGAGAUUCGUUAAGAUCAAGUGAAAAUUUAGAAUCUAGCGGUGAGGAGUUGACCAUGUCAUAUCCUGUUCUUUCAUUUCUAUGUGGAGAUGGGUCUUAACAAGGAUGAUUGAUGUGACAAUUUUUGGUUGGCAGGCAGCUGAGACAGUUUUGGUUUUACUUUUUAGACAGAAAACUAUGACAGGAAGGGCAAACCUAUCCUCAAGGUGAUUGCACUGCCAGGUGGUCUAUCCUGUUCUUUCAUUUCUAUGUUGUGCUUGACAGUACAAAAUAGGCAUGAGGAAUGCUGUUUAUGAUUGGUCGGGAAAAACUUACGAAACUUGUAAUAUUUAUUUCUCUUUAUAUUUAAGUGAUUUUUUUCUUUGCUUUCUUGGCUAUAA